ACAGCCCCACUGGCCAGUCAGAGCAGGAGAGGCGGAGAGCAGCAGACCAAUGGGUGUGCAGGGAAGGCUUGGUGAGGCCUGCCCUAGUGGGGGUCGCUGGCCCAGUCCAGGAAAUCCCAGAGAGCUGAGAUCAGCCUUGCCAGAGUCUGGGGGCAGGGGGACCAGAGCACAGGUGUGCGCGGGGAGGAAGCCUCACCUAGGGAGCGGGCGGCAGGAUGCGUGGCAAGGAUGAUGAGUAUGAUUAUCUCUUUAAAGUGGUGCUGAUCGGGGACUCCGGUGUAGGGAAGAGCAACCUCCUCUCACGCUUCACCCGCAAUGAGUUCAACCUGGAGAGCAAGAGCACCAUCGGGGUGGAGUUCGCUACCCGGAGCAUCCAGGUGGACAACAAGACCGUGAAGGCUCAGAUCUGGGACACGGCGGGUCAGGAGCGUUACCGCGCCAUCACUUCAGCGUAUUACCGGGGUGCGGUGGGUGCCCUCCUGGUCUACGACAUCGCCAAGUACUUGACCUACGAGAACGCUGAGCGCUGGCUGAAGGAGCUGCAGGACCACGCCGACACAAACAUCGUAAUCAUGCUGGUGGGCAACAAGAGCGACCUGCGGCACCUACGGGCCGUGCCCACUGACGAGGCCAAGAGCUUUGCAGAGAAGAAUGGCCUGUCCUUCAUCGAGACGUCUGCCCUGGACUCCACCAACGUGGAGACGGCCUUCCACAGCAUUCUGGCAGAAAUCUACCGCAUCGUGUCGCAGAGGCAGAUGACCGGGCAGCAGGAGCCGGAGUUUGGGUCCAGCACGGCCAUUGACCCUGUCAAAGUCCUGCCCACUCACCAGGAGAGGAAACAGGCUCCCUGCUGCCAGAACAUAUGAUCCUGACGGGAGGCACCAGAGGCAGGCAGACCCCUGCUGUCGUCCCUCACUGGGACCGCCCCCCUGUGAGGGGGGCGGGGUGUCGGAGCAUGUGUUAUAGAAGAUCCUGUCCUUUCCCUGUCUCUUGUUCCCUCCCGCAACCCAUGGACUGUUGUACUUAAUGUAACUCCUAUAUAACAUAACUGGGCCACCACCGUUUCCUUGGGGAGACAGGUGUUAUCUAUUUGAGAUAAUCAUUUCCUGUGGUAUCAUGCCCCUCCCUUCCCACACGCUAUUGGAUGUAUGUUUAUAUAGGGCCUACUCUAAUGGGAGUAGAUACAUUGUGGGGAUCUCCCCUUUAGCCCUGCCUCUCCUUAAAAAAAAAAA